CCAAAGAUCUUUUGUUUUUCCACCCCUACACACACCCACACAACCACACCAGCCGAUAUCAUCCAAAAGCGGUGAAUACACGCCUUGCACAUGCUUCCUUCUCAAUAAACCCUCUCUCUGUGGAUCGCUCUGUUUUCCUAAUUUCUUUCCCUUUAAAAAUUUCACACAAUUUCGCCAACCACUCAUUUUAUUUCCUUGCCCAUAGCUCAAGCAAAAACCCUAAAACGUAAUCGAACCGUAAUUCUCCUUUCAAAAUUGGUGUUUUUUCUAAAAAGCAGCAUUUGCAUUCGAAUUCGAGUUCAAAUUCAAAAUCCGACCAUGGGGUAAAGAAGAAAAAGAAGAUAUAUAGGCGCGAUGGAGUGGGACAGUAACUCGGAUUUGAGCGGAGAAGAUGAUGAUGUGAUUGAGGAAGAAGUCGAGGACGAUUUAGAUGAGGAUGGGGAGAAGCUAGGGUUUAUGUUGAGUGGUGGCGGUGCGGCCUUGCCUUUCCCUAUUGACUCGCUUCUGCAACCGGCGCCCUGUGGUUUUGUUGUGACCGAUGCUUUAGAGCCCGACCAUCCGAUUAUAUAUGUCAAUUCUGUCUUUGAGAUGGUCACUGGUUACCGUGCUGAAGAAGUCCUUGGCCGCAACUGUCGCUUCUUGCAAUGUAGAGGCCCGUACGCCAAACGAAGGCAUCCUCUUGUGGACUCAACUGUAGUAGCAGAAAUUAGAAGAUGCAUUGACCAAGGGAUUGAAUUUCAAGGUGAAUUGUUAAACUUUAGAAAAGAUGGAUCUCCUUUGAUGAAUAGACUGCGUAUGACCCCUAUAUAUGGGGAUGAUGAAGCGAUAACUCACAUUAUUGGUAUUCAGUUCUUCAAGGAAGUAAAUAUUGACUUGGGUCCACUUCCAGGAUCCUUGGUAAAGGAGCCUACAAAACUACUGGAUAAGUACCGUUCUAGCCUUUCUUCUAGUGGACCAGUCUCAGAAGGAAACCGCACUAUCAGUCGUGGGUUUUGUGGUAUAUUGCAGUUGAGUGAUGAAGUCCUAGCCCUCAAGAUUCUUUCACGGUUAACCCCGAGAGAUAUUGCGUCUGUUGGUUCUGUUUCUAGAAGACUUUAUGAGCUCACAAAAAAUGAAGAUCUUUGGCGAAUGGUCUGUCAAAAUGCAUGGGGUAGUGAAACAACUCGUGUGUUAGAGACGGUGCCGGGAGCUAAAAGAUUGGGUUGGGGUAGAUUGGCUAGAGAAUUAACUACUCUAGAAGCGGCAGCAUGGAGGAAGCUAACUGUUGGAGGUGCUGUUGAACCUUCACGUUGCAACUUCAGUGCAUGUGCAGUAGGGAACCGUGUUGUACUCUUUGGUGGAGAGGGGGUCAACAUGCAACCAAUGAAUGAUACUUUUGUAUUGGACUUGAAUUCCAGCAAUCCAGAGUGGAAAUAUGUCAAAGUCAGCUCUCCUCCUCCUGGACGUUGGGGGCACACACUCUCUUGUGUGAAUGGAUCUCAUCUUGUUGUGUUUGGAGGCUGUGGAAGGCAGGGCCUCCUGAAUGAUGUCUUUGUGCUGGAUUUGGAUGCCAAACAACCAACUUGGCGUGAAAUCUCUAGUUUGGCGCCUCCGCUUCCAAGAUCUUGGCACAGCUCCUGUACCUUGGAUGGUACCAAGUUGAUAGUCUCUGGUGGUUGUGCAGAUUCUGGUGUGCUUCUAAGUGAUACUUUCCUGCUUGAUCUGUCUAUAGAGAAGCCUGUGUGGCGUGAGAUACCGGUGACGUGGACUCCACCUUCUCGUUUGGGCCACACGCUGUCUGUUUAUGGAGGCAGGAAAAUACUUAUGUUUGGGGGUCUUGCCAAGAGCGGUCCUCUGCGUUUUCGAUCAAGUGAUGUAUUUACCAUGGAUCUCAGCGAGGAAGAACCAUGCUGGAGAUGUGUUACAGGAAGUGGAAUGCCUGGUGCCGGAAAUCCUGGAGGCGUUGCUCCUCCACCAAGGCUUGAUCACGUGGCAGUAAGUCUCCCUGGUGGCAGAAUUCUGGUCUUUGGUGGGUCCGUUGCUGGUCUUCACUCAGCAUCUCAGCUCUACAUUUUGGAUCCAACAGAAGAGAAGCCUACAUGGAGGAUAUUGAAUGUACCUGGUCGGCUUCCAAGAUUUGCUUGGGGACAUAGCACAUGUAUUGUUGGAGGAACUAGAGCAAUAGUCCUCGGAGGUCAAACUGGUGAAGAAUGGAUGCUCAGUGAGCUUCAUGAACUAUCCUUAGCGAGCUCUGCCAUAUGAAUAAAAAGGAAAGGUAAUAAUCAAGAGAAGGUGUUGUGCUGAAUUCACAAUGAAAAUUUUGCCUCAAGAAUAAAGGGAGUCCCGAGCAAACUAUUGCAGUGCAGUUUACACAUUGCACCAAAUGCACAAAUGAUUAGCAAGUACCCUUGAAUUAGUGGCUGUCUUGUUUAUUCUUGUGUGGCUCAUAGGCCAUGUUGAUCAGAUGGUUCUGUUGAGCUGAUGGUCUUAAUUGAGCUUAAUUUUGCAGGUUUGCGUGCAAUGAUUUCGCUUGAUGCACUUGAAUUAUUCACCCUUUGAAAGCUAGCUGUAGCUUGAUAGAUCAGUAGGUUAUUCUGUAUUCUUAGGUUAGUUUGUAUUGUGUAUUGGAUGUGUGUGUUGUUCAACUUCUGUAAUUUGAAUCCCUUUGGGCAAACAUGGAAAAAAAGAAAAAGUAAAGGGAAAAAAGGUAAAGAUUUGUAGAACCAGAUGCAUGGGGGUUUGUAUUAGAUUUAUAAUUACCCUUUGCUAUGUUUAAUAACAGUUCAUGCAAUGACAUGUUUGUUGACUGUUUAAAGCA